AUUUAUGUCGCUGCUCUAACAGAAAAGUUUUACUUUUAGCUAUAUGUUUUUAUUAUUAUUAUUUUUUAAUUUGUAUAUUUUAUUAAAGAAUUAUAGGAAUGAAACUUUUAUCACUUCGCGUUAGCAUGUAGUUCAUUUUGAAAAAGUCUGGCCAAAUAAACAAAAAAGCUUUAAACAGGGGAGAAAAAUAAAUAACGCUUUAUUUUACUGGAAACUGUUUGACUAUCAUCCAUCCAUCCAUCCAUCCAUCCAUCCAUUGUCUAUACCCACUUUAUUCGUAAUUAGGGUCAUGGGGAUCUACUGGAGCCUAUCCCAGCACACAUUGGGCGAAAGGCAGGGGCUGAUGGACAGGUCACCAGUCCAUCACAGGGCCACACACAUAGACACACACACACACACACACUCACUCCUAUGGGCAAUUUAGAAUUACCAAUCCACCUAAAAUACGUUACCAAUCAACCUAAGGUACAUGUUAUUGGACUGUGGGAGGAAACCGGAGUAAACCCACGCAGGCACAGGGAGAACAUGCAAACUCCACACAGAAAGGCCUUUUUGCUGUGAGGCAACAGCGCUAACCACUAAACCGUUUGCCUAUUAAUUUUUUAAUAAUUAAUAUUUAUUAACCAGUAUGUCUGUUGAGGGAAUGUGUCAGUAAUCCAGUAAAUACCUCCAUACUCGACACACACAUUUACUGAUUCCUUAAUCAAUACUUCGUUCUUUUCGUCCUUCUGUAUUUCAUAAUUCUUUCUUUCUUCGCUCCUUUUUUUGUUGUGUACAUCGUUUCUUUUCUCUCUUGGUAUUUUCACUUCCGUAAGAAUCCUGGUCAGGUUCUGGGCGGUGGAUCCGAGGCCUCUCCACUGGGUGUGAGGUACAAAGACAGCAAGUCUGAUCGUACACAUUUCACACACACACACUCACGUUCACACACAUCUUGAGGCGACUUACUGUCACUUAUUCAGCUCAUGGGAUGGUUUAGGGCGGUCGGGGGAAACCAGAGAACCCUGAGAAAACUUGUAUGGCAGGUGCAGUCAUGUAUUUCUGUACUCACUGUACAAUAUUUUGUCACAUGAUCUAAAAAUAAAUCCAUAAUACCGUACCCUGUGGUAAAUUCUGUGAGGAGUAGGUUUAAUAUUGGCACAUGCCAACCUGCUGUUACUCAUCGCUUACAGAUGUGUUACCCUCAUCCACUCACUGUCUGACGCUUGAGUUUCAGUCAUUCUGAAAUUGUGGUGUGUGUGUGGUGGCUUGGGGAGAAAAACCUCUUCAGAUGAUAAAAGAUUGCAUCUCUACAUUUAUAACCUGAUCUACUGACAGAGCAACAACGCUAACGCUGACCGCCUCUGUCCCAUCACUACGAGGUCGAGGCGGUCAGAGGGAUAUGGUUGUGGACAUGCUGACGUCUUCCCAAGAGCAAAUCCCUCCGUGUGUCACUCUGAUGGAGGAAGACGGCCGGAAUUCUCCCGCUGCCCUUUGUCCCAGCCGCCGCAGUGACCGUCGUCUUCAGGCUGUCCCUCACGCUCCUGUUUUUCACCGCUCCGAUGAUCCAGGAAGUUCCUCAAUGAGCAGAAGUCCGAAGACGAUCAGGAUGAACCACAGCGAAGGUGUCGUCUCUUCAGAGCAGCAGCGAUCGAACUCGUCAGAUAGACGCAACAUGGAAAGCCAUGAAUACAGAGAGGAGAGUCGACACAGACAGACAGAAGAUAAACCCACAAGGUCCUGUAAGCGCAAGUUGGAGUUGAUGCCGUUGUCUUCAGGCUCAAAUGACGUGACUAAAGCCCAGGAUUCUGAGAAGAAAGAUCUGGAAAGCCCUCCACCGGCGAAGAGAUGGGUGAUCGGGCCUCUUUUCCAGACGUUCAAAUCCAAGAUGGCAAGCUUCACGGAGAUCGUCAUGAGUCCAGUGCGGCUUUUCAAACCCAACGAGUUUCCGGCCGGGCCGAACAACGAAUCUCCCUCCGUGACUCGCGAGAACAAGGAGGACAUAGGAAAUGACGGCAAAGAAGACGCCUUUCCAAAAAAAGAGAAGACAAAAUUGUCAGUCGUCCAGACGCUGAAUUUUGACGCCCAUCCGAGUAAUGUGAGCGAUUCCGAGCAGAACAAAGUGACGAUUUCGCAGAGCGGGUCAGAACACAGACGAGACUCAAUCCCAGAGGAUGAUGGGUCUUACGGGUUGUUAAAUCCAGCAAGCACCGGAUCAACCAAUCAAAUUACACCUUCAGGUGUUCAGCAAUGCAGCAGUGAAGAAAACCAGAACUCCAUCAAUUCACAUCCGCUCUCACGCACAGGCACAGACUCUGUCAGGACAAGCCUUAGAAAAGGUUCUGCGAAAGCCGCUUUGCGUGAACGGAAGCCAUCGGAUGAGCUAACCAAGAACACGGAACCAGAAGAGAAGAGUAAAAGCCGAGAUCAGGAUCAGCCUUUACCUAAAAAGUUAAGGCUUCCGACUCCAGCUGUCGGAAAGAGGAAGAAAGGUAGAGAACCGGAGAGACGUGAACGAGAGGAAACGGUGAAAAGCGUGGGGAAAAAAGGCACAGAUGGAACAUCGGAGCAAGAGGAAGGAUCUCCAGAGGUCACGCAGAUCAAGACUUUGGAAAACCCGACGCUGAUUCAGACUCUUAAACGGAGAGAGCCUUGUGUCUCAGUUGAGCGCCUUAGCAUGUGCGGUAGUGUUGUUGUUCACGUGUCAGACUUAAACUCUUGUAAUUCCUCAAAGGGAGAGAGAAUGGUUCUGACGCGAGCAUCCAGGAGUAGAAGUAAAAGGGAAAACAAUGUGACAUGUCGGUCAGUAGCCUUGGACGCCACGAGCGUUUCCACCUCAUGUAUCUCCCCUGAUCUUCUCAGCACAAUCAUAACAAACGAUUCGACCUCAGCGGGAGGUCCUCCGUCGACAGGAUCCGUGACGUGUGCGAGUUCCCGCACAAGACGACAGCGUAAGCACAACAAACCAAGUGAAGAGAGGAAACCUGACCCUGCAGGAAGCUGCUGCAGUGAUCUGGCAGAUUGUUUAAGAUCAAGCAAUGGAGCAUCAGAGCAUUCACAACAGGCACAUAAGAACAAUAUCCAUCGAGCAAAGCACAACUCGGAGACCGCCAAAAAGACACGCGUUAGCAAGAGGAGAAGAGUUCAGAGACACGUGGAGGCAUUCGAAGAUCAGGGGAUGUCCAUGUCUCUGACGCUGAAGGUCGGUUCUGGAUUGGAUGGGGAAAAGGACACGAGCUCUAUCAUGACCUGUGGAAUAAGGACGAAGGGCAGGAAAAUGGGAGAGGACGUUAUUAUAGCGGACGCUUCCUGUCCAUCUGGAACGACACCUGUGGAACAUUUUUACGUGAAAGAUGACCACGAUGCUGAGAAGCCAGAGGCUGACCAACAGAGAAGAUGGUGUGUGUAUUCAGAGAGAAGAGAAACACAGGAAGACGACCCGAAAGCGGGUCCGACGUCUUCAGGCUGGAAUCGACUCCAGCGAAGCCUCUCCUGCCCGGACAUCACCUCGCUGCAGCACGGAAACGACUCCCCUAAGGCUCCCGUCCACGACAAAACCCUCUGUCCUCCCUCUCCCCUGAGAAAGGGACCUCAUGUAAAUGUAAACGUUCCCUCUCCGGUCAAGCGAACCCGCAGGCACACGGUGUGCAGCGUAGAGAUCGAGCGCGAGAUUGCCCCCUUGUGCCUCCGCAAGGAAGUUUAUCCCAACUGGGGCAGCACUUCCAAUCAUUCCUACUCUCACACUCCGUCCAAAUCCUUGGCGGCCCUCGUGUCCCGUUUUUUAUCGAGCCCGCUCGCAUUCCUGUCCAAGAAGUCCAGUCGAGGACACGGCGAUGACAGCGGAUACGGAGCCAGCAGUAGCGACCUCGCGACUGUGUCGUCGUCUUCUCCUUCACCACCUUCGCUAAGUUCUCCCGCUAUCUCCAGAGCACCGGGCGGAUCCGCUUUCUAUGCCGACACUCCUCACGCUCUCCAGCAGUCCCCUCUGUCCUCACACAGCAGUGUGUUCGACGCUGUAUCGAUGGAGACUGAUGGUGUUGCUCAGCAGGAAAGGGAAGAAAUCGAGCGAUCCUCAGCCGUAUCCGAGGAGAAGGCUUUGUCCGACUCGGAGAUUAAGACCGACAACAAGCAAGUGGAACGGAGAAAAGUUUCCUCCAUCCGCAUCCGCAAGACUCUCCCCAAACCCCAGUACAAUCUGACACCGAUGGGUCUCCCCAAAGCCGUCCGGAUAAAGAAGAAAGUUUUUAGCGUGGAGGAGAUCUACACAAACAAGAACUUCAGCAAGCCUCCUGAAGGACGCUUAGAGACCAUAUUCGAAGUCCCUCUCAGCCGGCGAGACGGUUCCCAGUCCCUGAUUGGUCCGAAACGGGUAAAGCGCUUUGUCGAGUUUCAAGAAGUAGGCAUGACCCGGAAGCCAAGGAGGCCUCUGGUUGGCGGCGGAGGAGGAGGAGGGGGUGGAGCUCAGAGGAAAGCAGUGGGGAAUCCCGGGAUGGGGCGAACGCGCAGAGGCAGGGAAGAAGAAGUGCUUCAUUUGCAGGACUUCGAUUCACUCCUGUGCUCGAAACUGAACGAACUGGACGUGUGGAUGGCCAGGGAACAGAUGGUUUACUGAAACCUGCCCUUGCGCGGGUUUCUGUGCUGGACGCUUGUACAGUUUUAACAUGAGGGUUGUAUGACGGCUAAAUGCUCUUAUAACGUUAUAUCCUGAGGGACUGAAGUGAGGGAGAGAGAGAAAGCACUUAACCUCACCUGAUAAUUCAGUUAAUUCACUGAUUUAAUAACCGAUAUCUGUCUGAUCAAUGAUCUGAUUCAACAUCCGUCCAAGUUUAGCAUUUUACUCACACGAGAAUAAUUUAUAGACCCGAUACUGACUGUUAUAUCUCUCAGCUAUUUCAUAAUUUCUAAUAGAAACUCCUGGAGGAAGCGACCUCUUGACUCACUCACCAUUCGUGCAUUUCACGAACUUGCACCAACACUGUCGCUAGGCAACCGGGGGAAGCAAACCCGAGCGUGGAGGAAAUGCCUCCUUCGGAAGUCAUAAAUGCCACAAGAGUGAGCUGUUUACACGAGGAACACGGUUCCACUUCAGCUGCUCCUCCCUGUGUGGUUAGGGUUAUUUUUUGCUGCAGUAGAUUCAUUCACAGAUGAGAUGACCGCUAAAUAUUCCCGAAAUAUUACUGGUACUGAAAAUGGAUAAUAAAUAAAUAGUUCCACGUCUGCCGUUCGUUCCGUCAUUAAGGUGCCUGAAUAGAUCACUCGCUCUCUCAGGGUACUGUUAUUUUGUUUUAAACAUUGUUGUUGUUUGUUGUUGUUUGUGUAAACACUUUUGUAAAUAGGAAUUACGGGACAUCGGUUUGUAAUUUUUCCAGUCAGGUUUCUCAAAGACGAAUCACAUCACACCGUCCAUCAUGUUGUCAUGUGUUUAUUGUUAAUGCUUUUUUUUUUUUUAAAACGAUAAAUAAGAAUAAAUACAAACAAACUUGUAGCUACAA